AUGGAGGCUAAAGUACGAGAAGCAACUAAUAAUGAACCUUGGGGUGCUAGUAGUACUUUAAUGUUAGAAAUUGCUCAAGCUACAUAUAAUUAUCAAUGCUUCAACGAAAUAAUGACAACAAUUUACAAAAGAUUUACAGAAAAAGAAGCAAGAUAUUGGAGACAAAUUUAUAAAGCGCUUCAAUUGUUGGAAUAUUUGGUGAAGCACGGUUCUGAAAGAGUUGUGGAUGAUGCACGUGCACAUAUAGCUUCUAUAAAAGUAAUGAAAAGUUUUUCUUAUUUUGAUGAAAAAGGAAAAGAUCAAGGCUUAAGUGGUAAUUAUAAAGAUGGGGAGGGGUGUCAGUUGAAAUGGAUGACGGAGGUACGAAAUAGAGCAAAAGAACUUUCAGAAUUGUUGAAUGAUGUAGAAAAAAUUAGAGCAGAACGUAAAAAGGCUAGGGCUAAUAGAGCAAAAUAUACAGGUGUUAGCUCAGGAUCUGUUAGUUAUGGUGAUUCUUUCAGCAGAGGUGGGGGAUUUGGUACUGAUGGUUAUUACGGCGGAGGUGGUACAAGUAAUGGCAUUAGUUUUAGCAGUGUUGGAGGAAUUAAUGGCGUUGAUGAAGAUCGUGCCUAUAGUCAGUGCGAUGAUUCUAAUACACAAUGGCAAAAUGAACGAAAUAGAGGAAGAUCUAGUGCUGAUUCCAAUAAUAGGAAUAGUUUAGGAUCUUCUAAAGCCAAUUUGUUUGAUUUUGAAGAUUCAUUACCCAAUAUUAAUAACGACUACGACAAUGAUGAUGAUAAUAAACAUAUUAAAACAAAUUCAACCGAUUUUGAUUUUCAAAGUGCAACAUCAACGUUUGUGCAAUCCUCCUCUUCAAAUUUAGCUGGUAUUCAAACCAAAGCCAACAACUCUAACACUAAAAACACAAGUGCUGCACUACUACUAAAACCUUUACAGCAAGGAACCCAACAUUAA